AUGAACAACUUCAUCUCUAACAGUCCCUAUGAGAAUAACAUUGUGUAUGCAGCUAUUGCAUGUAACAUUAUGCCCAACAACAGCACUGGUCUGGCAUUGGUUAUAUAUACACCUACCAUGAGACCGGCAGGUAGUCAUGUUGAUGGUAAUGUGGCCAAUCCAGUUCUGGCAAGGCUGGCCACUCUUCAUGCUCAGAUGAAGAGUCUUACUGACCAAAUUGCAAGCAUGGCCACUGGUAUCACCAAGUCCAAUGAUACCACAACUCGUCUUCAGGAGACAGUAGCAAAUAUUGUUUCUGGUCAAACUGUUGUCCAGAAUACUGCUUCCAGAUACAAUGUUACAUCAGGCGUUGAAGCAGUCACUGGUCUUUCAUCAUUGAUGGAAGACGAUUAUGUGCCUGGAAAGAGACACCCAGCAAUCUUGGUAAGAUUUGAUUUGAGAAUAAUGGCCAAGACAUCUAACACUUUUCUCAUAGAAAUUGAUCAAUGGGUAUCUGAAAAAUCAGGAUGGGUUUUUACAAGCUACUUUACAGGUGGCUAUAACCACGGUCUUGCACUGGCUCUAACUGCGUAUCUGCGGAGCCAACCCCAAUCUGCUGGCAUACUUACAAGUGACCUUGCAUGCAUGGUAAAAAACCAUUUUUGCAAUCAGGUCUGUGAGUCCUGCAGAAUGCCUUCAUCUGCAAACAGAAAAAGAACUGCAUCAAGAAGACAUCAGCGUGGUUUGUUACUUUUUUGCCAGCGUUCCAUGGCUUACCUUGAAAACAAAGAAGCCAUUGAUAUGGUCACGAAAAGAGACAAUUGUGCUCAUGUCCUUCAAAAGGCAGUAAUGUCUGAUGAUGAGACAGACGAUGAGGCAACUAGAUCGGCCAGCAGUAAACGCCUGAAGGUUCAUCGCCCUAGCUGGAGAAGUGAUGAGCUUCAAAUGCUCUUAGAAAGUCCUGACGAUUAUGCUGUAACAAAAGGACAGCAAAGAUCACUGAAACUUAUCCCUUGUACCAGGGUUACAUGUGACGCAGAUGUUCUCAAUGAUUUAAAAGUCCCACUAGCUCAAUGGACCAUUAAAGAUUAA